UACAGAUUGCGUACGUUAUUUUAAAAAAAAUUCAUUUUUAAAAAAUUGAUUCGAAUUCAAACAACAAUUUGCCAUUGUCUCAUAUAUUAUUUAUUUAUCACUUAUUGUUUAGUACAGAUAGAAGGUUUUCUCACAAAUUUUAAAGAAGAUUUUAUUUUAUCAAGUAUGUUACCACCAGAAAAACUUCUUUCGUGUUUAAAAUUAGAUGGAUUGAUAGAAGAAUUGGAAAGAAAAACUGACUUUGAAUUAAGAAUACAAAUAACAUUGCAAGCAAUAGAAAAUGUUUUACCGCUAGAUAUAGAAUGCGAAACAAAGAAUACCGAAGAGGCAAAGAUUUUAAAAACAAAUGCAGAUAGAUUAUUUGUCAAAGAAAAAGGUAGAGUUAAGCCAUUGCUACAGUCUUUCAAACUAUAUUCUAAAAGUAUAGCUAAAGCAGAGGCGUCAUCCGCAGUAAUUGGUCAAACUUAUGCAAAUAGAUCGGCUAUUUUGUUUCAUUUGAACAAAUAUGAUGAAUGUAUAAAAGAUAUUGAUAUAGCAUUAGAACUUAAUUAUCCAGAUCAUUUGAAGGCAAAUUUGCUUAGACGAAAAGCUAAAUGUUUAAAAAUAUUAGGUAACGUAGAAGCGGAUGAUAUCUGUGAAGAAGCGAGGCUUUGGCUAGAGAAUGUGUGUUUGAGCGAUGAGAAGAAAGAGAAACUUGAAGCAAAAAUCAAUAACACUACAAAUGAGUGUGAAAAUUUAACAUCAAAGCUAGAAAAUUAUAAAACAGAACAAAUAAAUUUGCCACAAAUGAUAUCCCAUCCAAAUAUUCCUUCAGCUUCUAAUGCUAUUGAUAUAAUGUACAAUAAGGAUUUAGGAAAACAUUUAGUUGCAAAUCGUGAUAUUGAUGCGGGAGAGAUUCUCAUUAAUGAGAAACCUUAUACAUCAUUUUUAAGCCAUCAAAAUAUUUAUACGCACUGCUCUUAUUGCUUUGUUAGAGCGUGGAAUAGCAUACCAUGCGAACAUUGUCCUCUUGCUAUGUAUUGUUCGAAAGAAUGCAGAAGCAGGGCCUGGAAACAAUAUCAUGAUAUUGAAUGUCCUAUAAAGGGAUACUUUCUGGGUAUGCGAAUGAAUGAAUUGGCACCAAUUAGUUUAAAACUUACAGUAUUAGCUGUAAGAGAAAGUGGAAGUAUUAAAGAACUGAGAAAAAAUUUAGAACAGAUUGAUAAUUGUCAAGAUUACUUAAUGAAAAGUUACACAGGUGAUGGAAUAUAUUGUAGUGAUAAGUAUAAGCCUUUGUACAAUUUUGUAACACACGAGGAUAAAAGAAAAAGCUAUGAAAUUUUAACAUUAUCGCUAAAUGCUGCAUUUAUUUUAUAUUAUAUGUUUACACUUACAUCUUUCUUUGGAAAUACUGAGGAUAAAAGAAUAUCAGAACUGUAUCAAAAUGAGGAUGCAAUGUUUAUUGGCAAGCUACUAGCACAACAUUUCAUGUCAAUUCAAAUGAAUGAUCACGAGUUUUCCGAACUUCGAAACGAGGAAUUUUGUAGAAUUGGUUCUGUUAUUGGUUCUGUUACAAGCCUUCUUAAUCAUAGUUGUAAUCCUAAUGUAAGCAGAUGCUCAGUUUUAAAUAAUAACAAUAUGCAACAAGUAGUUUAUGCAUUACAUCCUAUUAAAAAAGGAUCGGAGAUCUUAGAUGAUUAUGGUUGUCAUUUCUGUUAUACAUCAAAGUCGGAAAGAGAUAAAUUGUUAAAGAAAUAUCAUAUUAAAUGUCAUUGUCAAUCCUGUACUGAAAAUUGGCCAUUAUUUGACGAAUUACCUUCUAUACUUAGAAUUAUCGAUGAUAAAGAGGAAAAAGUUGAAGUUUCAAGAGCAAUUGUUAGAAGUAAGGAUCAGCAGAGAAAAGUUUUUGAGAUAGGCCUUGAUAAGUAUACUGGAAAUAAAGCGGACAUACUGAAAUCUUUAGCUAAUUCUAUUUAUAUUCUUUAUCAGAGUACAGAAGCACCCUCUAAGGAAUAUUUUGAACUUCUAGAGCUAUUUCAACAGACAUUCAAUCAAAUUUAUGGCUAUAAAUUUGAGCUCUAACGCGUUAAAUAAUUCU